AUGUUCAUCUUCACACUCACACUUACCCUCUUCAUCUCUCUCUCCUCCGCUCGCACAUGCUACCACCCCGACAAGUCCGUCGCCACCAAUAACGUCCCCUGUACGUCCGCUGACACGACCUAUUGCUGCGACUCCGAUGCGAUCUGCAUGUCUAAUGGCUACUGCGUUGGAGUCGGAGCCCAGCCAUAUGUCUUUUUCCGGGGCUCCUGUACGGACGAAAACUGGGGUAGUGGUUGUCCGACGCAGUGUGUAAAUAAAAACCCUAGCGGCGGCGCACCCAUCAUCGGAAUCGGCACCGACAGCUCCGGAGAUGCACAAUACUGCUGUGGCUUUCAGGUCAAGAACAACGGGUCUUCGGAGUGCGUGGAUGGCGACACGGCGUUUACUUUAAACAAUGGAGAGAUGAUUCUCGGGCGGGCCGCGCUGGAGAAUGUCACGGAAGUUAGUAACGCCAGUUCCACUUCGACAACCACGGUUCCCACGGAGACCGUGCUAGCGACCUCAGCGACUUGUUCGAGCAGCGAGAAGCACUGUAGCUCGAAUGCGACGGCUGUAGGGGCUGGUGUGGGCGUGCCCCUGGGAGUGCUGGCUGUGUCGGCUGUCGUGUGGGCGCUCUGGGAGAGGAGCAGGAGAAUUACAGCGUCUACGGCUGCGGCUCCUAACGUUCAAGAGGGUUUUUAUAUGGACAAGGGACUUGUACAAGAAAGCUAUGUUCCGCACAGGAUGCAGCAGGCGCCGACGGAGUUGGACACGCGGGCCAGAAUAUCGGAGAUGAUGGGGAGUAGCUACCAACAUGCAUUCUAG